AUGGUGUAUGCUGUACGGAUAAUCAGUGGUUUAGGAAUGGGCAUGGUUACGGUCAGCAAUUUGGUGUAUGUUGGUGAAAUUGCAUCUACAAAUAUAAGAGGAAUUCUUUUAACAUCAACCUCAAUUAUUGGCAUAUCGGGAACUCUAGCAGCCUAUUUUGUAGGUUCCUUCGUGUCAUACACAAAUACUGGAUAUUUCGCGCUAUUGGUAAACAUUGCGCAUAUGAUUGGCAUAUACUUCAUACCUGAAUCUCCAGUUUACUAUGCUAUUAAAGGCAAAGAAAUUGAAGCCAAGAACACACUCCGCUACCUCGGUCGUGUAGACGACUUAGACAACGUUUUCGAGUCGGUCAAAGGGACGAAACCGAGUGAGGCUAAUAGCUGGAAAGCCUGGGUGAAGAUAUUCACAGUGAAAGCAAACAGACGAAGCCUGUUUAUUACAUUGAGUCUGUGCACUUUGCAGCAGACCAGCGGUGUGGCGGCUGUAUUGUUUUUUGCUACGACGAUCUUUCAAAUGGCCGGUUCGAGUAUUAGGCCGGACUUAGCGACAAUAUUCAUAGGAGGAACCAGGUUGAUAGCCAGCAUGGUGGCUCCGUUUGUAGUGGAAAGGGCUGGCAGACGAUUCUUGUUACUAAUUUCUACGGUAUUUUGUGCUUUAAGUCUGUCAAUUUUGGGAACAUAUUUCUAUCUCGUAAGAAUUGAAAGUGCGAUUGUUUUGGAUGUUGGAUGGUUACCGUUGCUCGCACUUAUUCUAUACUUCUUUUCUUAUGAAAUUGGUUUCGGCACAAUGCCCAGCGCAUUAGUAGGAGAAAUGUUCCGUGGUAACGCCAGGAGUACCGGCUCAGCAUUAUCCAUGACGACCGCCUGGUUAAUCGGCUUCGGAGUAGCCAAUGGCUUUGGUACCAUGGUGAAAGUUCUGGGCGGUGACGUCACUUUUGGAAUAUUCGCCUGCUCGUGCUUGGCCGCUUUCCUAUUCACGUACAGAUAUGUACCAGAGACAAAGGGAAAAAAUCUAAAUGAGAUUCAAGAAAUGUUGAGCAGAUGACGCAUGUUUUUAAUCUGUGAUAUUUAAAUGAGAUUUGAAGGGUCAAACAAGUUCAUUAGAUUAGUAGAAGAUCAGCG